UAGCAGCAGCUCUGACAGCAGCGACUCCGGAGCGCGCAGCAAGUUUGGCUCCCAGCGUUUUACGCAGGCUCUGCCGUGGUGAGGGAGCGCGGCUGACGCGGCGUCUCUGGAACAAACUGAUGGGAUUUUAGGAUCAUAUCUAAGCUUAGACUACUUCAGAGCUUUUGUUUUUCUUUUCUUUAUUUUUUCACGAGUAAAAAAUAUUUGCGCAAACAAUGAUUUCCCAAUACACACCAGGAUAUCUGUUUCUCACCGUGUAAACAUCCAGCUGUAGGUGUAAGUAGCGCUGACGCAUACAGAUUUGAAUUCAGACAGAGAUGGAUCUGUGGGGAGUUUCGCUGUUUCAUCUCAUAAGUUUGGCCCUGGUAGAGGUCAUACUUGCCGGCACAGACUGCUUGGAAGCGGGAGUCUCGUGCUCCAGUGAUGAGACUUGUAGCCCGCGCCUGCGUACUUUGCGCCAGUGUGUGGCUGGCAACGGCAGCAUGAAGCUCGGGCCUGGUGCCAGAAGCCAGUGUGCCAAUGCAGUGUCCGCCCUCCUGUCCAGCCCUUUACAUGGCUGCCAGUGUAAGCGAGGGAUGAAGAAAGAGAAGAACUGCCUGAGCAUCUACUGGAGCCUUCAUCAGUCUAUCAUACAUGGACUCAACCUGGUGGAGAGUUUUCCCUACGAGACAGUGCGGAGGAAUUACGACUAUGUCCGCUUGGCCUCCAUUACAGCAGAUUCUGAGGUUGGCAUGACAACUGUGAAUCGAUGUCUGGAUGCAGCCAAGGCCUGCAACGUGGACGACGUGUGCCAGAAGCUUCGCACAGAAUACGUCUCGGCCUGUAUCAAACCCGCUGCCAAGUCAGGCCUGUGCAACCGGCCUAAAUGCAAUAAGGCCCUGCGUAGGUUUUUUGACCGGGUUCCUGCUGACUACACACACGAGCUGCUUUUCUGCCCCUGCACGGACACGGCCUGCGCAGAGCGUCGAAGGCAGACCAUUGUACCCAGCUGCUCCUAUGAAAGUGUGGAAAAACCUGAUUGUAUUGCACAGAUGAGGAUCUGCAAGGCUGACUAUGUGUGCAGGUCUCGUCUGGCUCAGUUUCAAUAUGACUGUCAACCUUCGGAAACAUCUGCCAGUGACUGCAAGCAGGGGAACUAUGGAGCCUGUCUCCUCGCCUACACAGGGCUUAUAGGAAGUACAAUAACUCCCAACUACGUUGACAACUCCACAUCCAACGUGGCCCCGUGGUGUUCCUGCUCAGCUGGUGGGAGCCAGGGAGAGGACUGUGAUCAUUUUCUGGGGUAUUUUACUGACAACAUCUGUCUCAAGAAUGCUCUCAUGACGUUUGGAAGUGAAUCAGACCAGCAGCCGACACCCAGGCAGUCCAGCACACCCAGCAGCAGCAGAAGAGACAACAGCAGCACCACUUCUCCACCGGAAACAAUAGAAACUAUGAGGAACCUUCUGGAUACAGUAAUACCAACACAGGCUCUGGGAAAUGAACUACUUGUGGGUCAUGACAGCCUGCCUUCCAACAGCCUCCCUAACUCGGCAUCAUCCCGAAGCAUAGUGGUUAAUGGUGCGUUCAACAUUAUGUUGUUGCUCCUUCAUUUCUUCAACAAUGGACACUAAGCAACACUGCAGGGCAUCUUUCUGAGGACCUCCAAGCAGAUGGAAGCACCGAAGCAGUUCAGAGGAAAAUGGACCAUGUGGCACUGUUCCUCCAUUUAAAUAUGUACAGUGAUUCUGUUUUUCUAUUUUCCAGUCUAAAUAGUCCUGUUGCACCUGCCAGUGUUCUCACUCACAGUGUGGGAAUCUUCCACAGAUGUAGGUGUGGAACCCGUCUGUACAUUCAUAUAAUCCUACAAAGCUGUGGACUAACCUGCUGUCAUCUAUCCAGCUGUAUUUGUAUUCAAAGUUAAAACAAAACAUAUACACACAGGUAUGUAUGAUACUGCAGUGACAUGAAGUUUGCACCUACGAAGAUUGGCUUGCUGCAACUCUUAUAUGGAAAAUGAUUGGAGGAAAAUAGCAGACUUUGUCAACUGUAAGGGUUAAGAAGGAUCUGGAAGGAGCUAGCACACCUCUCUCCUCAACUGGCUGAAAGUGGACCUUUUUACUGGCCAACAACAAGUGGAAGUGAAUGACAAACAAACAACACGUCAACUACACAUCCACGUAUCUUCAUCUAAAAAACGGACCCCAUAUCCAGAAGCAUUGUCUAGAUGAGAUGUCUCAAACAAGCGUGGAUAAGAAACUGUGACAGUUAUCAACCUGUUCAAACAAACUGAUGACCUUUCCACAACUCUUAAAUACUACACUUGUUAUAACUAAAGAUGCUAAAGCCAUUUAUAGAAAAUAUAAGUACUUGGUCUUUAUCAGCAAAGAUACUGUAUGUUCUUGGUUUUGAAAGGAAAUAACUUGAGAAACAGUGAUUCUAUGUAAUUCAAGCUGUAGCUUUUGUGCCAAGUGUUUGCGAGUGUAAAACCAUUUUACUUUUCAUUGUGUUUGUGAACAUUGUUUAAAAAAAGGGGCUCUGAUUGUUUUGUCCCAGAGACAAAAGUGAAUGCUUUGAAUUAUUAAAUGACACCAACACCAGUGUGGUAUCGGUUAGACAGUAAUGAAUUAUUCUGUAUUUUCUGUUUGGGGAAAAUGCAGUGAAUUCUAAAAAGGACCUUCAAAUAAAAGUUCUCCCAUCAUUUUAGG